AUGGUUACUCAGAUAAUCAGCACCAUGGAAACCCAGGUAUCCAAUGGCCCAAGUGGAACAAGUCUGCCAAAUGGUCCAGUCAUUAGCACCAAUGGCUCGACGGAUGACAGCAAAACCAACCUGAUCGUCAACUAUCUGCCUCAGAACAUGACCCAGGAAGAGUUCAAGAGUUUGUUCGGUAGCAUUGGGGAGAUUGAGUCCUGCAAGUUAGUCAGAGACAAAAUUACAGGCCAGAGUUUGGGAUACGGAUUUGUAAAUUAUGUUGAUCCAAAUGAUGCCGACAAAGCUAUCAACACACUCAACGGUCUGAAACUGCAAACAAAAACAAUCAAGGUAUCAUACGCCCGCCCCAGUUCAGCAUCUAUCCGUGAUGCCAACUUAUAUGUGAGUGGACUACCCAAAACAAUGAGCCAGAAAGACAUGGAGCAACUCUUCUCACAGUAUGGUCGUAUUAUCACAUCUCGUAUCUUAGUGGAUCAAGUCACAGGCAUAUCUCGAGGGGUGGGAUUCAUCCGGUUUGACAAACGGAACGAAGCUGAGGAGGCCAUCAAAGGUCUGAACGGACAAAAACCAUUGGGAGCUGCAGAGCCCAUCACUGUCAAAUUCGCCAACAAUCCCAGCCAGAAGACAGGUCAAGCCUUACUGACUCAACUGUAUCAGACAGCUGCCAGACGCUACACGGGGCCUCUGCAUCACCAAACUCAGCGGUUCAGACUCGACAAUUUACUAAACGCCAGCUACGGAGUCAAGAGAUUUUCGCCCAUCACCAUUGACAGCAUGACCAGCUUGGCAGGAGUCAACCUGACGGGACCCACCGGGGCAGGAUGGUGCAUUUUUGUCUACAACCUGUCCCCCGAGGCCGACGAAAGCGUCCUGUGGCAGCUCUUUGGACCUUUCGGUGCUGUGACCAAUGUCAAGGUCAUUCGCGACUUCACCACCAACAAAUGUAAGGGCUUCGGCUUCGUUACCAUGACCAACUACGACGAAGCUGCCAUGGCCAUCGCCAGCCUUAACGGGUACCGCCUGGGGGACCGGGUGCUGCAGGUGUCAUUCAAGACCAGCAAGCAGCAUAAGGCCUGA